AGGAGACUCUCGUGGAAUUAGAUAUCGCGAGAUAAAGGGACUUUUUUUUUUUUUUUUUAAGACCUUCGUUGUGUCUUGCGUUAUACCGCCUUGCGAACAAUACAGUUACAGAGAUGGCUAAAGGUGAUCCAAAGAAACCAAAAGGCAAAAUGUCUGCUUAUGCCUUUUUUGUACAAACAUGCCGUGAAGAACAUAAGAAAAAAAAUCCUGAAGUUCCUGUCAAUUUUGCAGAAUUUUCAAAGAAGUGUUCAGAAAGAUGGAAGAAUAUGUCUGGGAAGGAAAAAUCCAAGUUUGAUGAAAUGGCAAAGGCUGAUAAAUUGCGUUAUGACAGGGAAAUGAAGGAUUAUGGACCAGCUAAAGGAGGGAAAAAAAAAAAGGAUCCUAAUGCUCCCAAACGCCCUCCGUCUGGCUUCUUCCUAUUCUGUUCAGAAUUUCGUCCCAAAAUAAAAUCUACAAACCCUGGGAUAUCCAUUGGAGAUGUAGCAAAAAAACUUGGUGAGAUGUGGAAUAAUCUGAGUGAUAAUGAAAAGCAACCAUACAACAAUAAGGCAGCAAAACUGAAAGAAAAAUAUGAAAAGGAUGUUGCUGAUUACAAGUCCAAAGGAAAGUUUGAUAGUGUAAAGGGAACAGCAAAAGCUUCCCGGAAAAAGGUGGAAGAGGAGGAGGAGGAGGAGGAGGAAGAGGAGGAGGAAGAAGAAGAAGAUGAUGAUGAUGAAUAAAACUAUAUAUUUGUCCUAAUAUACAUAGAGUGAGGGAAACACUAAAUGAAGCACCUUUAUUGAUAUGGUGUCUGUAGCAUUUAUAGCAUAUAAUUUCAAAAAUUGGACAUGGGUGCUCUAGAUAUUUUGUUUGGUUUAUGUGAUAAUGGAUAUAGGUGUAGGAGCACGUCUAAAUUGUAUCAAAGUUGUACAUAAUUCCAAACAGUUUAAAAAUGAAAAGCAAAGUUAGUAUUUUCCUCUCUCUGUGCACUUUGCUGUUGCUGUAACAAAGCAUUUUUUUAAAUUACAGGUUUUUGUGUGUGAUAAUUACGUUUAUUGGUUAGAAGCCCCAAGUUGUAAACUUACACUCUAUAUCUGGAGGGGAGCCGAGCAUGUACAUAUCUCCACAUACCCAUAUAAACAUACCCUUGUGUAAGUAUACACACAUACACAAACAGGUAUGUGGGGGAUUGUGGGUAUUUUUAUGUACUUAACAAAUUCUCAUAAAUAUUUGUAAUUAUGACAUCUUAGGGGAAAUUUUGAUCUUUCAUAAGGUGCCAUGACCCAAAGUUUUCACUGUUAGAGUAGCUCUAUACAAUGAUUGUCCAUCUAGCUUGAAGUUGUUAUUCUGUAUAUAGUGAAAUAGCAGUCUGCUGCCAUUCUUAGGUGUGGUAAGGGAAUAGGGUUUCAGCUGGCAUGAAAAGUGGUUUUUUGGUUGUGAUUGUGGAAACAUGCAAAAAACUAAAGGGACAGUGCAGCAAUGGAAGUUAAGACACAUUCUGUACCUAAUCUUGGAAUAUUAUGUUGAUUUUUUUUUGUAUGUUUAGAAUGAUAAAAUGUUUUCCAAACUUAAAUAAACAGUAUUAACAUUUUUACAAAAUUGGGAAUCGAUGGUAAUUUUUUUUAAGAAGACAACAAAAUUAAACUUAGUAUUAAAAAUAUUCCAAACAUUGCCAUAUAUGGCAAUGGAUUCCUUAAUGCUAAACCAUAAACGCUAAGCACUCAUUUCCAAUGUAGUUGAUAUGUGAUUUUGUUUUCUUACACUUAUGUGCAAAUUAGAAUUUAUUACUUAAGUAAAAAUCAAAAUACACUGAAAAGAAAUGGAUAGAUUUAAAACUGACCUCUUUAAAAAAAUUUUGGAAUAUGGAUAAAUUAAGGCUUUUUUAAGUAUAAUAUAUAGGCUUGAUCUGUUUGUAUGCCUGUAAACUUUUUUAAGUAGUCAAAUUAUUUUAAUAGACAAUUUCAUCUUUUAAUCUUUUCUACUGCAAAGGUUUUUUUAGCAAAUAUAAACAAUAAACUUAUUUAAUUUUAGUAAUGUUAAA